UGGUCUAGGCUCGCUCAUGAAAACAUCCUCCCAUUGCUUGGCAUCACCACUGAGUUUGACUCCACGGUGUCGAUUAUUUCCCCAUGGAUGCAGAACGGAAAUGCCCACAAUUAUGUACAAGAUACAACUGUUGAUCCUCGUCCUCUGAUUUUAGGGAUCGCACAGGGACUACAUUACCUACACAACUAUAUGCCGAGUUCCAUAUUCCAUGGAGAUCUGAAG